AGUGAGCCAGGGAUAGUCCAGGAAGUUCUGUGAGUGUUUACUGUUUAGUGGUACUUAAAUCUGCCACUGAGUUUUGAGAUUUAAAAGUCUUGGGAUCUGCUCAAUACAAAAAUGUUUUUUCGAAUCUUUCUCCAUUUUCUCAGCAAUCUUUCUACCAUCGCAGUGGGUUUCUUUUUGGUGAUAGUGCACCGUCUCCCAGUUUUGAAGAAGUACUUGGGAAAUACUCAUCAGAAAAGAGCCAUCUUUGGGCAGCGGCAGAAUCUGCCAUGUAUUGCACCGCUACUGACCACAGUGGAGGAGACGCCACAGGUCAUCUCUGCUGAGGUUCGGGGACGUUUUCCCGAGUGGCUCAAAGGCUAUCUACUUCGAAUUGGACCUGGGAAAUUCGAGUUUGGGAAGGAUAAGUAUGGUCAUUGGUUUGAUGGAAUGGCUUUGCUUCACCAGUUCAGGAUGACAAAGGGCAAAGUGACAUACAGGAGCAAGUUUCUGCAGAGUGAUUCAUAUAAGGCCAACAGUGUUCAAAAUCGAAUUGUGAUCUCAGAAUUCGGCACACUGGCCCUCCCGGAUCCAUGCAAGAGUGUUUUUGAACGUUUCAUGACAAUGUUUGAGCUGCCUGCCAUAAGUGACAACACUAAUGUCAACUAUGUGCAGUACAAGGGUGAUUACUACGUUAGUACUGAGACCAACUUUAUCAAUAAAGUGGACAUUGAAACUCUGGAAAAAACAGAAAAGGUAGAUUGGAGCAAAUUUAUUGCUGUGAAUGGGGCAACUGCACAUCCUCAUUAUGACCCAGAUGGAACAGCAUACAAUCUGGGGAACUCGUACGGGCCACAAGGUUCCUGCUAUAAUGUUAUUCGGGUUCCUCCAGAAAAGAUGGACCCUGGGGAGACAAUCCAUGGAGCCCAGGUGAUAUGUUCUAUUGCUUCUGCAGAGAGGAUGAAGCCUUCUUACUUCCAUAGCUUUGGAAUGACAAGGAACUACAUAAUCUUCAUUGAGCAACCUCUAAAGAUGAAUAUGUGGAAAAUUGUCACUUCUAAAAUUCGGGGAAAGGCCGUUUCAGAUGGCAUAAACUGGGAACCCCAGUAUAAUACACGGUUUCAUGUUGUGGAUAAACACACUGGACAGCUUCUUCCAGGGUUGUACUACAGCAAACCUUUUGUUACUUUUCAUCAAAUCAAUGCCUUUGAGGACCAGGGCUGUGUUAUAAUUGAUUUGUGCUGUCAAGAUAAUGGAGGGAACCUAGAAAUUUACCAACUACAGAAUCUCAGGAGAGCUGGGGAAGGACUUGAUCAGGUCUAUAAUUCAGCAGCCAGAUCAUUCCCUCGAAGAUUUGUUUUGCCCUUAAAUGUCAGUUUGAAUGCCCCUGAGGGAGUGAACCUCAGUCCAUUGUCCUAUUCUUCAGCCAGUGCUGUGAAACAGGCUGAUGGAAAGAUCUGGUGCUCUCAUGAGAAUUUACAUCACGAGGACCUAGAGGAGGAAGGGGGCAUUGAAUUUCCCCAGAUCAACUAUGGCCAAUUCAGUGGCAAAAAGUAUCAUUUCUUCUAUGGCUGUGGCUUUCGGCAUUUGGUGGGGGAUUCUCUGAUCAAGGUUGACGUGGUGAACAAGACACUGAAGGUUUGGAGGGAAGAUGGCUAUUAUCCCUCAGAACCUGUUUUUGUUCCAGUACCCGGAGCCACUGAAGAAGAUAAUGGGGUCAUUCUUUCUGUGGUGAUUACACCCAACCAGAAUGAAAACAAUUUCCUCCUAGUGUUGGAUGCCAAGAAUUUUGAAGAACUGGGCCGAGCAGAGGUACCUGUGCAAAUGCCUUAUGGGUUCCACGGCACCUUCGUACCCAUCUGAUAGCACAACCACAAGGUCUGGAAACUAAGUUUAAAACCAGUGCUCUAUACAAAAAGGGAGCAAAAAUGGCACCCUAUCUCCCAAACCAUAGACAUUUGAUGUCAAAUUUCUAUUAAACAGAAUUCAUGAGAGAA